AUGUGGUGUCGCGCCGCCCUCGCCACCACAGAUAGUGAUCCUGUUUCGUUCGCAGUACUCGGCCAAAAUGCUACAUUUCGCGCGUCUGCAUUCGAUACGUCCUUUAAUCCCACUUCCACUCCUCCCCCAUUCUUUCAAGUCGUUGACAACAGAUUUCUCGAUAUCCUCGGCCAUAACCCUUCGUUCCACGAAAUCGCGUCGAAUCCGAACCUUCCUUUCGCAAAUGAGGCACCGGUAUAUGUCCCAGCCUUGGAUGAACUAUUCUUCUCCAGCUUCUCGUCGCCUGGAAAUGCCAGUGUGAACAAUAAAGUAAACAGGGUGAGAAUGUCUGAGGUCGAGGAAGCACUGAAAGCUAGCAAGGGAUCCACGGUCAAUGUUACUGUUACUCCCCUUGAUCUACCAGAGACUGUUCUGUCGACAAACGGAGGUUCUGGGCCGUUCCGGGGUUCCUUGUUAUUCGUAGGAAAUGGCCUAGGCCCUCUUCCUCCAGCUGUAACCCUUGUGAACCCACGACAGCCUCACAAUGUGACCGUCCUACUGAAUAACUUCUUCGGCCGUCAAUUCAACUCGAUAGAUGAUGUGAAGAUCCAUCCCAAGAGCGGCAAGAUCUUCUUUACCGACGUCCAAUAUGGAUUCUCACUUGGCAUACGCCCUGCGCCUUUGAUGCCCAACCAAGUUUAUAGAUUUGAUCCAGACACUGGGGAGGUUCGAAUGGUCGCCGAUGGGUUCGUGCGACCCAACGGAAUAGCAUUCACCAACGAUGGGAAGACGGCCUACAUCUCUGACACAGGUUCGCUUCAAAGUCCCAUGAGAACAUCUGAUUUCCAAACUCAACCCGCUACUAUAUAUGCUUUUGAUGUCGACUCCGUUUCUCAAAGAUUUGUUAAUCGACGCAUUCUGGCAUUUACCGAUGCAGGUAUUCCUGAUGGAUUGCAAGUCGACAUGAGUGGGAACGUGUAUGCAGGCACCGGAGAUGGCGUUCAGGUUUGGAAUGCGGACGGGACACUGCUAGGGAAAUUCUUCGUCGGUACACGAACCGCAAAUAUGGCAUUCGCUGGCUUCGGAAGGCUAGUAAUUUUGUCGCAGACGAAGUUGUUCCUGGCUCGUAUCAACGCGGGAAAUGUCAACUUGGAAGGGUAG